ACAGUACACCAUAACCAUUGUUUAGUUAGCGUAAAAACUGAAAGGCGCGUAGGUUUUAAUAAUUAUUUUUUCUGAUACCGCUUUUUUACUUUGUAUCUUAGGCUUUGGAUAGUUAUAAUGUAAUCUUGGUUAAAUGGCAGCUGGAACAUUUCAUUCGUUUGCCGUAGCGUUACAGAAUGCUAAUGUAAAUUAGCCGAACAACUAGCCAACAUUAGCUAACAGUUCGGAUGUUACCAUAUGUCCCUUCGUCUUUAUCUUUACUGACGGCGCUUGUGUAUUUGGUUCUAGCUAAAUACGCCUCAGCGACGACAACGCAGUGGAAACCGUUAGUGGGAGCAUUGCAGCGGACGUCUGUUUUCAUAUUUGGGAUCUGUAAGCGGUGAGCCAUGCCUACUGUGGUGUUAAUGGACGUGUCUCUGUCCAUGACACGACCAGUGUCAUUGGAUGGCAUCGAAGAGUUUCAGAGGAAGAACCUGGCUGUCCACGGACUCAAUAUGUUGUUUGAACACAUGGCCUCAAACUACCGCUUGGAGUUCACGUCGCUGAUGGCCUUUUCUUCCCUGUGGGAACUCCUGGUACCUUUCACCAGAGAUUACAAUGCAUUGCAGGAGGCUCUGAGCAACCUGGAAGACUAUGACAAAACCUGUGUUGAAGCAGCUCUAAAUGGAGUUAGUAAUGUAGUACAGCAGGAGUGGGGUAGUGCCUGCCCCUGUCAGGUGGUGCUGGUUACUGAUGGAUCCCUUGGUAUUGGGAAGGGUUCUUUACGCCACUCCCUCCAAACACUGAAACAGCGUGGGGAUGACAAGAAAUUUCCUCUUCCUUUCCCUUUUCCUACCAAACUGUUCAUCAUGUGUAUUGCCAAUGCAGAGGAGUUACAGAUGACUGAUGCCAUGGACAACCUGGAGGAAUUACUUCGUCUUAGUGGAGGGGAUGGGCAAAUCUUUACUAUGGAGGGACCGCUUUGCAUGAAGAGUGUACAGACCAUGUUUGGGAAGCUGAUCGAUCUUGUAUACUCUCCCUUCCAUGCGGUUCUGCACUGUGGGAAUCUAUCCUCAGAUGUUCAGGUCUUCCCUCGACCUGAGCCUGUCGUGAUGGAUGAAGAGGUGGAGCCCAUGCCCCGGACUGUUAGUACAGAUUUGGAGAUUGUGGGCUUCAUUGAAAUUGCUGACAUUGCAAGUCCUCCUGUCAUAUCCAGACACUUGGUAUUACCUAUUGCUGUAAACAAAGAUGUGGAUGAAGUUGGUACGGGAACCACAGACGAGCUUGAGGAGGAACCUUCUGCCAGUCAGAUGGCAGGCAAAAGUCCCAACUUUUGUGUACUUUUACAUGGAAGUCUGAAGGUUGAAGGCAUGGUGGCGCUGGUCCAGCUGGGGCCGGAGUGGUACGGCAUGUUGUACUCCCAGGCAGACAGCAAGAAGAAAUCAAACUUGAUGAUGUCUCUUUUUGAUCCUGGUCCGGAGCCUCUGCCCUGGCUGGGCAAGAUAUCACAUUUGGGACCAAUCUCAGAAGCUGCUGAUAAUCCCUACGGAGAGGAUGACAGUAAAAGUCCAUUUCCUGUACAACCACAGGUGAAACGUAGCUAUGCCCAGAAUGUGACCGUGUGGAUUAAGGCCAGUGGACUACAGACUGAUGUCCAGAAGAUCCUGAGGAAUGCCAGGAAACUGCCAGAUAAAACUCAGACCUUUUAUAAGGAGCUGAACCGUCUACGUAAGGCUGCUUUGGCUUUUGGUUUCUGGGAGCUCCUGAAGGGAGUUGCCGAUCUGCUGGAGAGAGAGUGCACCAUGCUGCCAGACUCGGCACAUCCUGAUGCUGCUUUCCAGCUCUCCCACGCUGCACAGCAGCUUAAACUGGCCAGCACUGGUGACUCCCAGUAUGCUGCUUUUGAUCACAACAUUGUUCCCAUGCACACGGAUUUCUCAAGCUGAGCCGCAUCUGAAUUUGUAUGAAUGAACUCAAAAUAUCAUAGGCUCAGCCUGAGUGGACCAAUGUGGUGCAGCAUUGCGCACACCCUGUAAAGACGUUCACGGGAUUAUUUUAUGAAGUCAUCUUUGGGAUUCAGUGUUGUUUUGUUUUUAUAAAUGUUCCUUUAUAGGAAUCUUUUGACACAAUAACCACAUUAAAUUUUGAUUUUUAUUCAUUGUCAAAUAACUGCCACAUUUACAGAACACCAAGUAAACGGCUAUUAAUGUUGGCAUUCAUAAUUCAAGUGCACAUAAUAAAAAAGCAGCCUGAAAAAAAAAACCUUACAAUUUAACAUUGCUCCUUGAAGGUUGUUGUUGAGCACAACGGACACAUUAUUUUUCUGUUUUAGCAGUGAGGAAAGAAAUACUCCAUCAUCUAUUGUGUUAAUAAUAGCCAUAAAGGAAGUCAUUUUAGUGAAUAUGGACAGGCUGUCAAAAAUUGAGUUGAUAAUAAACUUGACAUAUGGAUGAUGAUCAUUAAAA